UAAAUAUACGACGCCUAGAAAUAGAGACAAAAGAACGGUGAUCGGCUAGUUGCUGGUGUUGGAGACUGAGAGCAAGAUGGUAGUCCUGUGGCUUGUGUUGCUUAGCGGUCUGGUGUUUACAGCGAGGGCAGAAAGGACCCUCACCAAAAAUGGCGAGUGCCCGUUUGUCGAGUCGUUCCCUGCAUGUCCCGUGUUACAACCGAAUGAGUGUGCAGUUGAUGUGGAUUGCAACGAAACCGAUAAGUGUUGUUUUAACGGAUGCAUCCUUACUUGUACACCGGCGACUUUCAUAAGCAAGCCUAAUCCGAACAUGUGUGAAGCGUCAGUUGACCUGGGAUUCCUCAUCGACUCGUCCGCUAGCAUUGGCUACCAGAACUUUAAGAGCGUGAGGAAGAUGGUUGAUCGCAUCAUCAACGUUUUCACCAUCUCUCCCAAGCAGACCCACGUGGCUAUCAUUACCAUCAGCGACAGGCCUGCGCAUGUGUUGAGGUUCAACACGUUGCAAGGAGCAGACCUGAACAGCGCGAGUGUGAGGCGAGUGGUGGACAACCUGCGGUUCACAAGAGACAAAACCAGGAUCGACCUUGCGCUCAGAAUGGCGCACAAGGAGAUGUUUAGCAAACUGGGAGGGGGACGCAAACAUGCGCAGAAGAUACUGGUCGUAUUCACGGAUGGCAUUCAAACAUGGAGACCUGACAAGAUGGAAAAACUCAGCAAAGCAUCGGAGCCGCUCAAGAAGAUGGGUGUUAAAAUCAUACCCGUGGGGGUGAGGGGUGAGGAGAUAAAUGUCGGCUCGCUGUUGGAUAUGUCCCUCGACACUUACUCUGUCUUCAAUAUGGAGUUUUUCCCGGAGCUGCUGCAGGCACUAAAGAAAAUGUCAAAAGUUCCUUGCAGUGAUAACCGAGAAGUCAGGGACAAGCAUGAGAUGAAGUUAAGUAAGACGUUGAAGAAACUCUACCGAAAGCGCAAACCUUAACAUGCUCAACAACUAUUCAAUCGCUAUUGCUGUAAUUCUCAGAAUAAUGGCAUAGUGUAGAGUGCAAGUAACCAUGUCUAUGUAAACCCGUCUAAAAAUAAAGGUGACAACAAAACCAAGAAGACAAAAAAAAUGCCAUACCAACCUCUCUUGUCAGCUUGUGUGUUAAACGAGUAAAAAGAUGGUUUGUGGCUGCGAUAACAAAA